UACCCAAUGGUCACGUGUUCCUGUUACAUAAUAUAAUGUAGCGUCACCAUUACGUUACACACAAACACACCUGUCCUUCUGUGAGGAAACGUUAGGCUGCAUUUUCUAACCAUGGCUUCUGAUAUGAUCCUGUACUGGGGAGCUGGAAGCGGCCCCUGUUGGCGUGCCAUGAUCUGUCUGGAGGAAAAGGGACUGUCAGACUACACCAGCAAACUCAUCUCCUUCGACAACAAGGAGCACAAAUCGGACGAAGUGUUGAAGAUCAACCCUCGUGGACAGGCGCCCGCCUUCAAGCAUGGAAAUGUCAUCGUCAACGAGUCACUUGCGAUCUGCCUGUAUCUGGAGAACACGUUUAAGGCCCAGGGGACCAAACUUCUGCCGGACGACCCCGCCCAGCAGGGCUUGGUACUGCAGAGGGCAGUGGAGUCACAGAACAUCCGCGAGAAGGCCGCUUUCGGCGUUCUGUCGUACUUCUUCAGGACUAAACCCGAGGACAGGACGGAGGCGAUGUUGGAGGAGAAGAAGAAGACGUGUCACGAGGAGCUACAGGUGUGGGAGGGGUACCUGGCCAAGCUGGGCGAUGGAUCGCACAUUGCUGGGAAGAACUUUACCCUGGCGGAUGUUUGCGCGUUCCCUUUCAUCGCCACCCUCGUGCGCAUGGGGUUCAAUAUGAGCCGGUACCCGCAUCUGGCUAAGUACUACGACCUGGUGCCCGCCUUCAAGCAUGGAAAUGUCAUCGUCAACGAGUCACUUGCGAUCUGCCUGUAUCUGGAGAGCACGUUUAAGGCCCAGGGGACCAAACUUCUGCCGGACGACCCUGCCCAGCAGGCCUUGGUGCUGCAGAGGGCAGUGGAAUCACAGAACUUCCGGGAUAAUGCAGCAUAUGGCGUUCUGUCGUACUUCUUCAGGACUAAACCCGAGGAUAGGACUGAGGCGAUGUUGGAGGAGAAGAAGAAGGCGUGUUUCGAGGAGCUGCAGUUAUGGGAGGGGUACCUGGCCAAGUUGGGCGAUGGAUCGCACAUUGCUGGGAAGAACUUUACCCUGGCGGAUGCGUGCACGUUCCCUUACGUCGCAACCCUCGUGCGCAUGGGGUUCAAUUUGAGCCGGUACCCGCAUCUGGCUAAGUACUACGACCUGGUGAAGGACCGUCCGUCUGUGAAAGCGUCCUGGCCUCCUCACUGGAAGGACACACCCAACAAGGACGUAUUGAAGGACAUCUAGAUCUGAUGAGAUCAUCACAACGUAAACAUCAACUUACAAACACGCCAUUGGAUUUGUUUUUAGAUUGAUAGUGGUUGGCGUAGUGAGAAAUCUAGUCUACAGUUGAUUGUGUGCUUAAUCUAUAGGACAGUUUGUCAGAUGCACUGCUAUUAAAUGUCUAUCCUAUUCAAUUAAUACCAAAUUAGAGAUCUGAUAAACAUGAUCACAAUUCCUUCUGUGUGUGUGUGUCAGCGAUGCUAUGCAGGUUUGCUUUGCCGUUCUCUCGCAGUGACGUUUCAUUAUACUGAUUUAUGUAAAGAGUGUGGCCAAAUGUCGAAACAAACUAGAGCUAUCAAAUGUGGAAUGAACACGCUGUCAUAAUUGUCAUUUCAUGGUUUAUAUAAUCCACAAAAUCCCUGAGGCCUGCGUUUGCUCUAAAAAGGCCGAAAAUGUUCUUAUCUAAACAUUAUAUGUACAGCAAGUAAAUCAUCUGUUUGUUUUGUAUUUCAUACCCGGUAAACUGCGUCAUGACGAAACAUACCAGGUUCUACUAAUGUAUACAAGCUGCAUAUCCAGACAGAUUUAUUUGAUCUACUCACGCCGGUAAUGGUUCCUACUUUUAUUGGUGUGAUGUUUUUUAACAGCUGCUGCAGAGACACACUGUCAUCGGUACCUGUAAUACAAGGUUACUGUGUCACUGUCUGUUUGAUAUCUGGGCAGAUGUUGCUGUUUCUGUGGUCUGAAGACACUGUGUAAAUAAAGACAUACCGAACGAUCCGUUAACUA